AUGGCGGGCAAGGGAGAAGAUGACUGGAGAGGAAAGGUGAUAUGGAAGAUGCCCGAAUGGAUUGAACCCGUGGGCAUUGUGUCGAUUUUGCUCAUUGCCAUGUUCGUCACGAGGAGAAGGGACUUUUCGAUAUUUGGUGGUAAGGGCGCAACAUACCGUCCAUUAAUCGCCCAGGAAGAUUCGCCACGAACGUCCGACGACACAGACUAUGCCUUUUCGUCUAGACCGACCACGGAGUACUCUCCGAAGCGCAGACGCAUUUUUGGACUUUGGGCUAUCUUGACCCCGAACUCGAGCCGGUUUGCGAGACACUUUCACUCGCGCAUCUUGCAGAAAUAUCCCUUUUUGGUCGAGAUGUUUUACUGGGUCAUCACGUAUUUCUUCUAUCGCAUGACUGCCUACGUAUCCGCAUUGUGGUAUGGUAGCACCGAGAGUCUAUGGAAUAACGCUCAGGAGCAUGGCAUCGCAUUGCUUGAGACCGAGGCCUGGGCGCUCGGCUCUACAUCGACCGACACCAACCGCUGGAUCGAAUGGCGCGUACAACAAUGGUUCGUCGAGGGCGCUGCGGCGGGCGACAUCCGACGCCUGAUGCUGACGAUCCUCAACCGCGCCUACGCCCUCAUCCACAUUCCCGGCACCGUGGGCUUUAUCGCGUACUAUUACUACGUUGCACCGAACCACACGCGCUUCUCUACUGUGCGACGUACCAUGUCGUUGCUGAACCUCUUCGCCUUCUUCACCUUUACCGUCUAUCCUUGCAUGCCGCCACGCUUGCUGCCCAAGGAAUAUGGAUUUAUCGACACCGUCAACGCCGAAGAUGCCGCCAGCGUCUUCAUGAGCGGCAAAUACGUGAACAAGCUGGCGGCAAUGCCGAGCAUGCACUUCGGCUACGCAUUCUGUAUCGGCUGCGUCUUCAUUUACGAGAGCGGGUUCAUGCGUCAGUGGUGCCGGAUCACAUCAAAGAAAGUGGAGGAAAUUGUGAGCGAUGAGGAGGCCCCCGAGUAUCUCAAGGUAGAGGACCCCGUCGAAUCGCAGCGCUCGCCCCUAGCCCGGAUCCUAUUUCUCGUCUUCGGCUUUCUAUACCCAUCGUUCAUUCUGCUCUGCAUUGUGGCCACCGCAAACCACUAUAUCCUGGAUGCUAUUGCUGCGGCGUUUGUGGUGCUGCUGGCGUUCACCUGCAACAGGGUUCUGCUCAACUUUCUGGUGCUCGAGGACUGGCUGCUUUGGGCAUGGAGACUCGAGAAGCCGGAACCUACUACUGGGAGGCUAAAGUAG